AUGCAAUUCUUCUUGGUUAUUGGAGCAGUUUUAGCUGCAGCGUUAGCGUUUCCGGCUGAACUAGCUAACUUGCCUGAACCUAGUGAGCUUGCUCUGGUGCUGAAUGAAGGCGAUUUUGAGGACUACUUAGACACUUGGUUUGAUAUACAACAACGCAAACACGCCAACGAGUCCCAGAUUGAUUCACGCAGUGGAUGCACAUUUAGAAUUAACGGGGAUCUCGGCCAACCUCAACCAGUAUACAUUCACAGAAAUAAUUAUCUUACACCAAAUGGAAAUUCUGGUCAGAUUCGACUAAACUCUGGAGAACAAGUCACUAUAGCUUGUACAGGUUCUGGACGUACAAUUCGACAUCCCAAUAUCGCUCAAACUGUAAACAUUGCCACUUCCACCUGUGUAAACAACAACCUUGUUUCUGGUCCUGGUUGGCUCAACGGAAACGGUGCUUUUGGUCAAUUUACUUGUUCUUCUCACUCCUUCCACGAGGCACAGGCAACGAAUGAACGAUGCUUCAACAACAAUCUAGUUAUUAGAGUGGGUUACAUCGUCAACAAUGUAUUUUACCCUCUGUACUGGUCUUGCUUUGAUCAGCGACGUUUGGAAGUUUUAUACGUGUGGUACGAGCAAAGGCCCACAAACGCUGUCCAUCAAACUGGAGUGGAUAGACCAAGCUGGCAGGCCGGCAGCUUUUAUCCGGGCGUGGAUAUUAACAACCGAUAUACGCAAGUCCAGCAAAAAUUAUCCAUUGCACGCUAUGUCGGCAAUGCACUUGCCGACAAAUAUGUGACGGGAACUCAGUACUUGGCUCGGGGCCACCUUGCCGCUAAGAGCGAUUAUGUUUUCGCCACUGGACAACGCGCUACAUUCUACUUUAUUAACGCUGCUCCACAAUGGCAACCAUUCAAUGCUGGUAACUGGAACUCACUUGAGCAGAACCUUCGAACCCGCAUCGGACAAGCUGGAUACAAUACAGUCAUCUACACCGGUACUUUUGGAGUGACGCAAUUGCGAAAUGCUAACAAUCGCUUAGUUGAUAUCUACCUUCACCGCGAUAACAACAAUAACGAACAGCUGCCUGUUCCUCAAUACUUCUACAAAGUAGCGUAUGAUUCCUCAAGACGCAUUGGUACAGCAUUUAUAAGCAUCAACAAUCCUCACUAUACUCUAGCCGAGGCUCGAGCUUUGCAGUUCUGUACUGACCGAUGCCGCAACAAUGCCGCAUUCAACUGGCUCCGUUGGCAACCUGACCGUGUGAAUAUCGGAUACAGCUUCUGCUGCACUGUUGCUGACUUCAGAAGAGUCAUACCACAUCUGCCUUCCUUUACAGUCAACGGUCUAUUAUCGUAA